GCCGCCAACAGCUGAGCAGUUGACGAAAACGCGAGGGGCCGCCUGCUUAUAAAACAGCAUGUCUUUUUGUAAUUUAUUAAUGAAAACCGGCGUAAAUGGCGGCUUGUGCGGCACACAGACCACAGCGCUGCUGCUACUCAAUCUGAGCACGCGACAGGGGCACACGCUGCGUGGCAAGCCGCCCGGUGUGGCACGAACGCUCGAGCAACGGCUGCGAGAUGAAAACGUUAGCGAUCCGGAAGUCGUGGCGCGCGUCAACAUUGGAUUUCCGCAGCUGAAGCCAUCGCGAUCGGCACAGUUAAAGACGCGUCUGGAGCAUCUAAAGGCACAGCGUGCCAGCAAGGAGCUGGAGCAGCUGGCGCGCAGCAAUAAAUUGCUGAUCGAUUUGGACAAGGUGCAGGAGACCUACGUGCAGACCACGGGCCAGCAUGAUCUGCGCCUACUGGCCGAUCACUAUGGCAUCUUCGAGCAUCUGUUUGGCAGCGCCUACUUUGUGCCGCGCGUGCCGCUGAGCAUACGCUAUGAGCUGAAUGCCGACACCUUUAGUCCCGUGUACAAUGGCAAUGUGCUUAAGCCCGCCGAGGUGGCCAAAGCGCCUUUGGUCAUCUUCGACGGAAAGCUGGAUCCGAUAACGUCCAAAUCGGCGCAGGGUGACAGCUACUGGACACUGCUGGCCACAAAUCCCGAUGCACACUACACCAAUCCUGGAGCCGAGUGCCUGCACUGGUUUAUCGCCAACAUACCAAAUGGCAAGGUCGGCGAGGGCGAGAUUCUGGCCGACUAUCUGCCGCCCUUUCCGCCCAGGGGCGUGGGCUAUCAGCGCAUGGUGUUUGUGCUGUACAAGCAGCAAUCCCGCCUAGAUUUCAGCGCACACAAACUGGCUGCCACGGACUACAACAAUCUGGAGAAGCGCACCUUUAGCACACUUGACUUUUAUCGCCAGCACCAGGAUGAGCUGACACCGGCGGGACUGGCCUUCUAUCAGACCAACUGGGACGAAUCCCUCACACAGUUCUAUCACAAUGUUUUGCAACUUAAGGAACCGGUGUACGAGUACGACUACCCGAAGCCAUAUCUAGCAGAUCAGAAAUUCUUUCCGCUCAGGCAGCCAUUCAAUCUGUACAUGGACAAGCAUCGUGAUAGCAAGCAGUUAAACAAGGAGUACCUACAGCGCAAGCUGUCCCAAACGCAUCCGUUCGAGGGACCAGAGCAGCCGCUGCGCUUCCCCAAUGCCCAUCCCAUACGCGAUGUGCCGUCCUGGCUAAAAACGGAGAUACGCAAACGGCGACUGGGCACCGGACGCGUUCAGGAUUACUAAGCCCAACCAAGUCCAUCAAAUGCACAGUGAAUUAUUUUGUUGUGUUUUAUUUUAUUUUGAUUAACAAGUUCAUUUCUUUUGCUGGAAGUACACGGAAUUGAAUCAAUGAAGUACACGUUGCGCUGCCACAAGUAACAUGCCGAGUGAAGCGUGUUUAUAAAUUA